UAAUUCAUAUUUAAUACCAAUUUUUGCCUCAAAUAAGUAAAGAUCGUAACAUUUCUCUGAAUCUAGAUGAAGAAGACGUGCUUUAGUACUAACUGAUUUGAGGAAAAUGAUGAAAAGAGCUUCCGUACCAAACACGAAAAAACGAACAGCAGCGCCCGCGUCCACAAGUCAACGGAAAACGUCAAAAGUCCAGAAAUCAGCAUCCAAAAUUGUUAAGGCGCCACCUAGAGCUGAUACCGCUUACUCUUUGUACUCCAUUUCUUCCGAUUCUGAAAGUGAUGACGCCCAGAAAUUGAACAAGGAUUUGAAUAAGUGUGCACAAUUGCUGACAGAUAUGUUGGAUAGGGAACCAGGAAAGGCGAAGAAUGCUUCUCGUCCAAAGAAGCCAUCAAGAUCCAAGUCUAAGUCCCGGACAGACAGACGGACAGAAGAUAAACCAAACCAUGGCUCGGUGGCCGUGCGAUCACAACCAAAACAGACUAAUCGCAAUCCAUUGACUCCAGCAGACAACAACAUCCAAGAAGCCAUUCCGUCGAGUAAAGGACAAGCUGAUAUGCUGUAUGCCAGUUAUGGCCAGCCAUCAACUGCGUUUAACCACCGCCUAUCGAGUUCCACUCCCGAGGCGAAGAACCAACAGCAGUACAAUGCCGACCAAAACUGCCCUCCUCGGACGUUCAUACAUCCAAACUCGGCAGAAACAAUCCGAAAAGAGAGGCUGAAGUACACUGUCCAAGGUCAAAAUGGCUAUCCGUCUCCGCACGUAUCACCUAAUGCAAAUUACCAAUACCAGGUGUCACCACAGGGCGGUGUUACGGCCAAUGUUGUCACGUCACCAGUGUAUCACGGAUAUGGUCCUACCUCGAAUGCUUUGCAUCCUGAGCCCCAGCCGCCGUUUCAUAUACCCGAGGAUGCCCAAGGUCAAGGUCGGAUGAGGCAUCGCAGCAGUACAUUUCCUGUCGAUACUGAGACUUUCAAGAACUUAGCCGACAAACAUUUCCAAACAACAAAUGCAGCAAACGUUCCCCGACCAGCAAGUGUUGGCCCAACUGAUGCCACCGGUUACCCAAAUCAAGGUCUUAAUCACGCCUUUAUACCAAGAGACGAUUAUUACCUACAGACGAAAGGAGCAUAUCAAAGUCCUAACAAGCAGCUGGUCCAGUUUGAGUUUGAACAGCCAGUCCGAGACACUGAAGGUCAAGUCCCUGUGAGAAAUGGUGAACCAGCCCAGAACUAUCAAACUAAUGAUAUGCCUGUGCGUGAGGCUCUAAGCGGGAAUUUCCCUGCGAGCAUAUCUGCUCCAUUCGUCUCAGUAAAUGGAGUUUACACCUCCCCAAAUAUGGUAGCAGUCGAUAAUCAGCAUUUUCAGAGUGCUCCUGGAAAUUACCCAUCCGCGCUGCCGCCUGCCAGUUUGAUGGAAGGUCAGCACGACAACGACUUGUUGUUGCAAGAUAGCAGCCAGGAUGUGACGAUGACAGAUUUGCGUAGCGAGUCGACGUUUGUCCCACACGAGAUAGUUCAGUCUGAGGAAGUUCUCGUUGAUCAGCCAGGUGUUGGAGCAAGGCAGUUCAACCCGAUGGAAGUGAGGAGUCGGUAUGCGAGCAUUCGAUAUUUGAUUGGGGAGCUGAGAGCAUUAGCUGGUGGUGAUGCAGAAUUCAAACGAAUCGUCUCUGAACUCGAGACAUCAAUCAACAGCGUAUCCCCGGUGAAGGGCGCCAUUAAUCUGCAGGCGGAGAUCGACCUUGCUCUCCAACCGCUGAGGAGUGAGAAUUGUCAGCUGCGGAGACGUUUGCGGAUCGUGAAUACGCAGCUCAAGGAGAGAGAACGAAAGGAGAAGGAGAAUAUCAAGCCAGACAAUAGCUUUGAAUUCGCACAUCUCCAUGCCAAGUAUUCCUCCCUCCAACAAAAGUUUAAUGAAGAGCGCGAGAAGAACAGUGGGCUGCAGAACAAGAUCUACCAGCUAGAGGGCGAUGUGGAAGCUGUCAAGACAGAUAGACAGAAGAUGAUGUUGACACUCAGCGAGAAGGACACCGAUCAGAUGAAGACACGUCACGACUGGCUUCAAGAGACAACCAAACUCAAGAAAGACCUCGACUCCUGUAAUAAGAAGAUCGACGACUUGAAAAUCAAACUGGAAGCAUCGGAGCGAGAACGUCAUAUCAAUUCGACAUCUCUCCAACAGAGGGACGUGGAGGUGAACAGGAUGACCGACCUAUUACAUGAAUACAAGUUGCGUUACGACCCGUCACGCCCCCAGACUCCAUUCUCCAAUCGCAGCAGCCCUGCAGGUCAGGGGACCAGCCGGUUGACUCGCCAAGCCCUGGAAGAAUUCAACAAAACAAACCAACCCGCGGAAAAGGUCGGCUCACCUCUAGCCGAUAUGGAGGUCCGAGAAACAUAUUCCCGAAGAUCACCCAAAGUUAACGCGGAACAAAACAUCGAAAGGACAAGUCCAUUCCGUCCAACGCGAUUCGAUGCAAGGCCAAGUCCGCAGGGAUUUGAAGGUAGUGUUGAGGAAAAACGUAGCCCUAACCAGGUUGUCCAAAACGACGUGCACACCAAAUCAAAAACUGUGAGCUUCAUGAAACAGUUAGAUGAUCAGUCAAGUGUCGUUUCAUCUGUUUCUGAGAAAGUUUCCCGAAGAUCUACUACGCCACCUUUUGUUGCGAUAUCCAGGACUACGGAGACAACAACUUGUACGCCAUUGACCCAGGAACCGACCACACCACGAUCAGACACUUCAGCUUAUUCACGUUACAGUGUUACGGAUUAUUUCAACAAAUAUCCACAAGGACAGUUCAGGCAGUAUACGACUGGGUCGUACCACAUGGAAUCAACGCGGCAACAAUCCGAUUUGGAUACUACAGUCUUAUCAUCGGUGACGUCGAGUUUUGACGACGGAAAAUCCAUCGGCUCGGAAUCAACAAUAACGUCCUCUUCAGUUUCGUCAAUAAAUUCACAAGAUGAUCGCACAUUCCGUGAAGGACUUGCUAACCUUGAUGCUAAUAUUGCCCGCUUACAGAGCGCUUUGAAGAAGACGUCUGUGCGGUAAUCGGUCAGGUGGACCAUGCACUAAAUCAGUUAAAACCCAUUUUUGCUGGCCUGUUGAUGAACUCAUUUAUUUUCGCAAAUGCCAUUUUUAAUGGGGCAAGGGUUCAAAAUAAUGAUAUGAUCCUGGGAAAGCUAACCGUGAGGAUUUUUUCUGGAGGAUGAAAUCUCAUGAUUUCUUUGCUGUGUCUGUGGGUCAAUGUUGAACACUGACUGGGUCAGAUUUGAUGAAUGCACUGUACAUAAAAUAUGGCACAUCUUUGAAAUGGACGAAAGGCUGGCCCUUCUUGUGCUAGAUAAUUUGAAAUUAUAUGAUUUUAUGAUUGUUGUUUAUUUGGAAUAAUUAUUUUAUUGAUAGUAUUAUAGUGGUGAAGGUAUGCAAGUACCUUUCUGAUAAUGCUGGGCAGCUGAAUGAAUAAACCUCCAGCAAAUGUACACAAUAUAGGCUAUGAUAUCGAAAGAUGCGAUGAUAGCUUAGCAUGGCUAGUUGUUACAUCAUGGACAGUGCUCACAUUUUGCCAAAAACAAUAAUGCUCUUUUGGACUAGGCAUCUGUGCGUCCUGAAAUAUGGAAUGUAAUGCUCUACCAGGUGCUGCCCUCGUGUGUAUAAUGAUGUGUACAUUGGAAUGAUUCGCAGGUUUGCCCUUCAAGAAGAAACAUUUUAUUCAAUCUUACGUAACAUUAAAUUGGUACUCAACUAUUUUAUGGUAUCGCUAUUUGUGCAAAGUGAAUCACGUUUGUUAUCAUGAUAAAAGUGUCGCGUAGUUUUAGGUGUAUGAUUUU